AUGCAGGAAAAAUCAGAGUUUGUUGAUAGGAAAAUGGAAUCAGAGGUUCAGGUGGUUGAUGGAAAUAAAGUGGAUUGGAAAGGAAGAAGUGCUUUGAAAUCCAAAUACGGUGGGAUGAAAGCUGCUUUGUUCAUACUAGUGACACUUGGUUUGGAAAACUUGGCAAGUUUCUCACUAGCUGCGAACUCGAUUACGUAUUUCAAUGGAAUCAUGCAUUAUGAACUAGAAGAUGCAGCUAACAUGCUCACCAACUAUUUAGGUGUCAGUUGCAUACUCUCUAUUUUGGUUGCUGUGUUCGCUGACAAGUGGAUUGGCAGAUACAAAUCUGUUUUAUUUUCUUGCUUCUUCGAGUUUUUGGGCCUUGCAUUGGUUACAACACAAGCGCACUAUCCUAGUCUGAAGCCGCAAAUUUGCAACGUCAAUGAUAAAACUGUUCCUUGUAAAACACCAAGUGGUGGCCAGGAAGCUUUUCUCUUCAUUGGUCUAUACUUGUUGGCCAUCGGCGGUGCGGGAAUCAAAGCUGCAUUGCCAUCACAUGGCGCAGAUCAGUUUGAUGAAACUGACCCUAAAGAAGCAAGGCAAAUGUCCACUUUCUUUAACAUGAACUUGCUUGCUGUUUCAAUGGGUGGCGCAAUCAGCUUAACGUUCACUGUGUGGAUACAAAUCCAUAAAGGAUGGGAUUGGGGCUUUGGUAUUGGCACAAUAGCUAUAUUGUUAGGUACCAUAGUUUUUGCUGCUGGGUUGCCACUGUACAGAAAUCAAGCUGCUAAAGGAACUAGUGGUCUCAUUGAGAUCAUACAGGUCUAUGUUGCUGCAAUCCGCAACAGAAAUCUCUCCUUACCCGAAAAUCCAGCAGAACUAUACGAGAUUGAUCAGGACAAGGAAGCUGCUGACGAAAUUGAGUUUCUACCUCAUAGAGACACUCUCAGGUUCUUGGACAAAGCGGCUAUAAAAUCAAAACCUGAUAACCAAUUAGAGAAUUCAGAGACACCAAGCACAAGCCAAUGGAAACUUUGCAGGGUUACCCAAGUAGAAAAUGCCAAAAUAAUUCUCAGCAUGGUCCCAAUAUUCUUUUGUACAAUUAUAAUGACCCUUUGCCUAGCUCAGCUCCAAACCUUUUCGGUUCAACAAGGCUACACCAUGGACACAAGCUUCACCAAACACUUUGACAUCCCACCGGCAUCCCUCCCAAUUAUCCCAAUCAUGUUCUUAAUCAUUCUUGCACCUAUCUACGACCGCGUUUUAGUGCCUGUUCUACGCAAAUUCACCGGUAUUCCAACUGGUGUUACACAUUUGCAGCGUAUAGGAGUUGGUCUAAUGCUUGCUUCUUUAUCCAUGGUUGUGGCCUCAAUAAUAGAAGUGAAAAGGAAAAAAGUGGCUAAAGACAACAACAUGCUUGAUGCCUUACCAGUACUUCAGCCAUUGCCAAUAAGCAUGUUUUGGCUGUCUUUUCAGUAUUUCAUAUUUGGCAUAGCUGACAUAUUUAGCUAUGUUGGUCUCCUUGAGUUUUUCUAUUCCGAGGCGCCGAAAGGUCUUAAAUCUACAUCAACUUGCUUCCUUUGGAGUUCUAUGGCACUUGGGUAUUUUCUAAGUACCAUAACGGUUAAGUGUAUCAAUGGUGUCACCAAGCAUACAAAAAAUGGGGGUUGGUUAGUAGGGAAUAAUAUUAACAGAAAUCACCUAAACCUCUUCUACUUCUUCCUUUUCAUUGUGGGCUUGCAUAACUUCUUUCUCUAUCUGUUUGUUUCAAAAAGAUAUAAGUACAGAACUCAAGGCCCUAAUGUCCCUUUUGAUGGCGAUUCAAAGGAGUUAACAUAA